AUGUCUCUGAUCGACUCAUCAUCCUUGAAUCCAGGCAAGCAUGAUAUCCUGCCUUUGGUCAAUAGUGGUAGCCUAGAAGGCUUCAUCAAAUAUAUGGGUAUACUGGCGUCAAGCUCUGAAUCUCAAUUUGCAUCUGCCGUGAUUGGUGAGAUUACUCAACAGCGUGAGCAGAUCCACUCUCAAGAUGAAGAGUUGAAGAAACUUCAAAAGGAGAUUCUUUAUAUACAGGAGACAAAACGAACUACCAUCAACGAUAUGCUCACUGCCAACGAGACAGAAAGAGCAAAACAGACAGACUCCGCGACGCAGAUCGAAUCUCUUCAUGCUACUGUAGACGAAAAGGAAAGUAAGAUUGCUGAAUACUCCAAGGAUUUGGAGGGUCUGCAGCAGGAAGUGGCGAACUUGAAAUCGACUUGCUCGCUGGAGAUCGCUAAAGUCUCACAAUCCGCCGAAGACAUUAGUACUCUGCAAGCCAAUUUGAAAGAGAAGGACAAGAUGAUAGACCAAAUGAAGACAGCACGAUCGAAAUUAAAAUCAAUGUUAUCAUCACAGCAGAAAAAGAACGAAGAUCUGGAAACUGCUAAUGCCUCGAUGAGCACAGAGCUCCAGGCAGUCAGAGCUCGUAUUCAAAAAUUGGAAGACUUCCCUGUCCAAUCCUCGGACAUCGAUGACGACUUUGUGAAGGUAGACAACAUAAUUCUACCACCAAGCUUUCCUCUGAUUCCCUCGAACUCCUCGGCAGCCAAAGCGGUACGAUUUGCAUUGAUCCUGGCUGUUCUGUUCAGAGAGAUCAAUCAACGGAUAUUCCAGCCCAGCUAUUUUAUUUCAGAGGGCAACAAUCUUCGUGAAGCUCUCGAACAUCUUGCAGAGAGUAAUGGCGAGAGAGAAGCAUUUUGCCGUCGCAUACUUCUCUCCAUUGAUCCGUGCGCCGAACAUGACAUUCUUAAAGCUGAAAUUCGAGCCGUUGUUCAGAGAAUGUCCUCGUAUGCAGGCAGCCUCUUUCCCGAAGCGCAGCACGAUUUGUUUUGCACAAAAGUCAAGACUAUAGUUCAGAACGCGGCCGAAGUUUGGCUUCCAAUUCAGCGAUCGCAGAAGAAGUUCGAGACAGACUUCGAACCUUUUGAUCCCGAGGACAAUGAAUGGGAUCGCUUCCCUUCUGCUGGUAAAACUACAACACCGGUGGCACAAGACCUUCAGGGUCUUUAUCUUCUCAAUGUCUUCCCCUGCAUCUCCUUGGUGGAAGACGGCGACCAUGAUCCAUUGACUAAGAUCAUUCAACUCCGCAGUUCCCAGGAAUUAUACUUGGCAGCGCAGCAUGAAGCCACUCAAACCUCAACCUCUGCCAACACCAGAAGGUAUUCUACCCGCCCCAGGAGGCAAUCAACUGCAGGCUCAAAUGGGAAGCCUUUUUUAGGUGGAAAUUUAACCAACGGCUGA